CGGGAACAAAUCAGGACAACGAAUCAUUCACGCAAUCCUCCAGGCAGCGACAGAGGUUCAAGCGGAAGGAGUUGCGCUCCGCUUGCAAUGGCUUCCGGGGCACUGUGAGAAUGCGGGAAACGACGCAGCAGAUCGACUAGCGAAGGAUGCCGCGCACCCAGGAAAAACACACCCCUUCCGCCCUCUGCUCAUGAGGAAGAAAGCAUUGAUCCAAAGCAAGAUUUCCGCGCAGUGGGCGCACGAAUGGAAGUCUACCCCCAAAGGUAGCCAUCUGCGAAAAAUCGACAACGCACUGCCGGCCAUAUACACGAGGAAAUUGUAUGGCAGUCUGCCUAGGAACCGGGCGUACCUGCUCACGCAGCUGCGUACGGGCCAUAACUGGUUAUCCACUUACGCUAAGGCGCACAAAUUUCGCGACGAUGAUCACUGCGUUUGCGGCGCGCAAGAAACAGUCACUCAUGUGCUGGUGGACUGUCCGAGUUUGAGGGAACUGAGACGGGAGCUGAGGAAAGAAGUUGGGGACGCAUUCAGUUCAAUAUCGAACCUGCUGGGAGGUUCAGCUGAAGGUAGGAAAGGUAAACCAGACACCGUCUCGCGGUCCAGGACGGUCAAUGCCGUCUUGGACUUCGCAGAGGCGUCACAGCGAUUCCGCAGUCGCGCGCCACGAGGGCAGCCUAACAACGGGAACGGCAAUUAG